AUGACGACUCAGGUCAUGUCGUCAAGCGACACGAAUCAAAAGACACAAGCGCAGGCGCAGCAAACACCACCACCACUCCAACAGGCGGGCCUGCUACAACCCGACAUGACACAACCGACGACGACUACCACAAACACAGGCCCUGCCACUUCCACCACCAACAAUAACAACAACUCCUCCCAAAGCGCCAACCGCCAAAGCAUCCGUCGCAGUCUCAUGUCGACGCGCAGUCACACAUCACAGCGCUCGAGACCCGCAUCAUCGCUGUUCCCCGUCUUCCCCUCGUCGCUGUCGUAUGCUCUGGUCCGCGACUUUGCCUAUCCUCAAUUCCAUCCCCUUCACUUUGGCCCCUCACCUGAGCCUGCUAGCCGAGGCUCCGACGACACUUCCGCUUUCUCCUCCAGCAGACGCCUCAGUGAUCCUCCCAUCGGAAGUUGGGACCCGCGUGGCUGGGGUGCUGGUCCUUGGGGCGGCGAUGGCGGUGCUCAAUUUGGCGCAGGCGACCAAUUGCCCUCAACGAGUUUCGACGACGACGCCAGUGAUGAUGAUGUCAAAGGUGCCGGCAAACUGGCAAAGAACCACAGGAAGAGCAAGUCGGCGCAGGAGUCAAGGGGCAGAAGUACCACAAAACGCGGGCCGCGCAAUCAAGUGCCAGGGCUUGACAGUCAAGGCUUCUUCGCCCCAGGCACUGAUGACGAAGAAGAAGAAGAAGAGGAAGAGGAAGAGACGGAAGACGAAAGCAGUAUUCACAACAAGAGCACUGGAGGAGGCACGUUGCCGGCGCACCGUUACACAGAUUCGCCAGAAGGCCUCUUCAGCCGCCAUCACGCCCGCCUGUCAGCACUCGAACCGCCCUUCUCAGAUAGCAGCGAUCCCGCUGAUGCGCCUGGCGGUCCCCUACACCAUCUUCACGAUGGCCACGCACACCGCCCCACAUCCACCUCUUUGGACGAAUCCUUCGCCGGUCCCUCCCUAGCCCUCUACAACUUCGUCCCCGAGAAUAGCAACGAGCUCGCCCUCCGUGAAGGUCAGAUCAUCCAAGUAGGCUACAGACACGGACAAGGCUGGUUAGUAGCCAUGGAUCUCGAAUCAGGAGAACAAGGCCUCGUGCCAGAGGAAUACGUGCGCCUGCUCUCCGAGAUUGAAGGCUGGGGAGAACACCUCGAAGGUGUCGAAGAGGAAGGAGAAGGCAAUUUCGAAGACGAGCUGGCCGUACACACAGAGAGUCAAGAACGGGAUACAAACCUCAAAGCCUCGACACUCGCACCCGAGCGAGGCACUGCUGGAGACGAAGGUCAGAAAAAGGAUAUGCCGGUACGGGAUAAGAAUGUGCGGUAG